GGAAACGUUGCAUCACAGACGAAUGUCCCGGAUAAAGGGAACGGAGAGUCUGUUGUAUUGGUGGAGGAAGAAAAACUGGAUGCUUCAUGAUGAUGAUGAUGAUCGUUGCUGUAUUUGGUUCGUAAGCGGAGGACGCAGAGAAAAAGACGCAAACCACCGGACUCAGUGAGAGGAGGUGACGACAAGGAGAAAAAAUGCCGGUACCUCCUCCACCUCCCCCUCCGCCACCGCCCACCUUCUCUCAGGCAAACACUGAGAAGCCUGUCUUGAAUAAAUCGGCGCAGCAGGGCAGGAAUGCUCUACUGUCGGACAUCAGCAAAGGAGCAAGGCUAAAGAGGGCGGUUACUAAUGACCGUAGCGCCCCCAUACUUGACAAACCCAAAGGUGGUGGUGGAGGUGGAGGAGGAGGUGGGCCUGGAGGAGGGGGAGGGUUUGGAGGUGGAGGUGGAGCUCCAGCUGGUCUGGGUGGGCUCUUCCAGGGAGGCAUGCCAAAGCUGCGCUCCACUCGAGAUGACUCCAGUAAUGUCAGGCCUCCAGUUCUGCCACCUGGUGCUCGUAGCUCUGGUCCACGGCCCUUCGGAGGAGGAUCUGGCACCGCCCAUCGUCUACCUAUGCAACGCAGUGAAUCCGUUGACCCCCCUCGCCCACGAAUGACCCCACCGCAUCCUGAAACACCUGGAGGACCUCCUCCACCGCUUCCAAGUGCCCCACGGCCCUUUCAGAGUGGGGCACUGAGCAGGGGACCACCCUCACUUCCAGGGACUCCUCGCCUUGGUUCCGCACCAACCCCUCCACCUCCAAACCCUCCUGGGCGGCAGCCUGCACCUCCACCGGUGCCAGCUGCAUUUAGUCGUCCUCCUUCCGUUCAUUCACCCUCAGCUGGUCAUGCUGGACGGCCGCCUCCUCCCCCUGCACCUGGUCGAGGUGAUGACCGUCCUCCACCUAUUCCCCCUGCAAACCGUUCUUCUUUGCCACUCACUCGGGACAGCCCGCCCCCUCCACCUCCACCAUCAGCAAGUAGUAAACCAACUCCUCCUCCAGCUCCUGCCUCUCUGCGGCCACCUGUUAGUGCAGCACCUCCUCUGCCUCCAGGACGCCCAAACCCAUCUACUCCUGAGGAGCAUACACCACGCCUUCCUGAACGGAACCUGUCACUUGGCUCGCAUCCUCCCGCCCCUCCACCUGGGCGAUCCGGACCACUUCCUCCACCUCCUUCUGAGAGACCGCCCGCAUUGGGCCGGAAUGCAGGUGGACGAACAGGUCCUCUUCCACCUCCACCUCUUUCUGGCCGUCCAGGAGGAGGAAGUGUGAGGUCAUCACCAGCCCCUCUUCCGCCAAACAGACCAGGUGUGGAGCCUCACCGUGGUGGCAGUAGACCACCGCUCCCACCAGACAGACCCUCCUCUGGACCUCUGCCCCCUCCUCCCCCACCUAUGGGCAAUGGAUACCACAAUCAGGGACAUCAUAUAGAUGAGUGGGAAUCACGCUUCACGUUCCGACCUGUAUCGGAUCUUCCACCCCCAGAGCCCUACAUUCCCUGUCAGAAGGCCUAUCCUAGCAAAAUGUCCAGGAACGAAAGCCGAGGUUCAGGAAAGAAAGAGCGAGGUGCACCUCCCCUGCCCCCCAUACCUAGGUGAAAGAAACUGUUGUCUCAGGGCCUGACAAUCCUUAUCCAAUUAUCUUAUUUCUCUGUUACUGUCUGUUUUUGAUAUUUUUCUGCCAGAGUCAUUCAUUAAAAACAUCUAUAAAAGAACUAUAAAAAUAACAACAUAUUGUGUUAUAUUACAGACAACAUAUGUUUUAUAUUAUUUUGUUUUUGUUUGCUUUAGAGAUUAAUACAUAAUGGCUAUUAUGAGUAUGUCAAGUGAUGAGCUCUACAGUGAUACUACAGCUAAGUUUGACUUUAUUUUUGAGUAUUUGUCUGAGUAUGAUGAGUUGUUGCAGCAGUUCAUUGGCCUUCAGGAGAGUGUGAAUGUUUCGGCUUUUUGGCUGUCACUUAUUUUUGCUAUUGCAGGUGCACUUAUGUGCUUGUCUCAUACAGAAUUAUAUUUUGAGAAGAAGUGCAACAGUUCUCAUUUUAAAGCAUUUUGGUGGGUUUUGGCGCUCCCUAUCUUCCUGUUUUCAUACAACACAGUAGUUAUAUAGCAUUGGCAUUUCAAUCCCUCAAAGGUAAAAUGUCAGGUAGCUAGAACAAUUAUCAGACUGAAAAAGUCACUUAAAAUAUUAAAAGAGAGAGAGUGUGUGUGUGUGUGUGUUUGCUUUAAUACCAGUAUGUGAAUGUGGUGAUUAGGGCCAAAAUGUUAGAAUGCUAAAUUCUCUCCAAUAAGCAGAGUUGCAGUCUGUCAGUACUCUAUUUUGCAGAUUGAUUUGUUCACAUAUGCAGUCCCUGAUGUGAAAAUAGCAAGGACUGAGUUUAUGGGCAAAUGUAGAUGUCCUUUAUUAAAGACUCUUUAGAUCAUCCCCCAUUUAAACAAGCCUGAGAGCUGACAUUGUAUAUGACUGAUCUUUAAAUGAAAAAUGAUUUUUGCCUUAAAAUCCUAUACAAGUGGGUUUCUGUGUAUUGAAAUUGUACCUGUGUUGAUGUAAGCCAAAAAGCCAAAAAUGUGUUUAAGAAGUGUUAUAUUUUAUGAUAUACGUAUGCACUUGUUUGCUUUGUUAAUGUUAGCUCAGUAUUAUGUUGCCUUAUGGAUAUUUCUCAGAUGUGUGCUGUUAUAUUUGCCUAAAGCGCUUGACUAAAAGUAUAUUCAAUACGUAUAUCAUACCUUGAAUUACUUUUCAUUUGUUUUCUUCAUUUAUAUACUUUGAAAGAAUCAAGAAGCCAAGCAGUGGCUUGGUUUAUGCUGCCUUAUGUUUGUUUACAUAAAGAGAUGACUUACAAAGGCCUUUUAAUUAAACAUUAAAAAGGAAAAUUUCAGUGAUAUAUGCAAUGUAUCUGAAGCAUCUUGAAUUUAUUAGAGAGGAGAGAGAUGAUUGCACAGCCAAAAAGAAACAAUAUUUGCCACCAACAUUAUUAAGUCCUCUGAUUUAUGUUCUGUUAUGUCUUAAUGUGGUACUUUAGAUGUUCUCUUUGUGCUCGUAGAUGCACAUUUCAUACAACAUUUUAUGUUGUUUAAUUUGUAUAUUUACUUUAUUACAAACAGUCUUUGCUAUUCUGGUGUGCCAAAUAUGUUGUUUUCUAAAUAAAUAUGCAAGUG